AUGCGGGGCCCCGUUUGGCGCGGGGCCCGUAACAAUUGCCACUCUUAUUACGUGGUUAAUCCAACACUGGUUAUCACGUUCAUCAAUAGCUGCACUGGAGUUCACCCUUUUUGGGUCUCGACCGUUACGAUGCUUAUUGAGGGGCAACAUCACAUAUUUCCAUAUACAGAAGAAGACAAGCAAAUGGUAAAAAAAGAAACAGGAUUAAAAGAUAGCGUUCUAGAUGAAGACAUUGAUGCUGUACUUCAAUGGUUCAAGAAGCAACCACAUUUGGCCGAAGCACCAAUAGAAAGAGAAAUUAUCGAAAAAAUUUUGGUUGUAUCGAAAGGUUCUCGUGAAAAAACGAAGAAUAGAAUCGAUAAUUUCUACAAGUACAGAGCGUUAGCCCCGGAGCUAGUGCAAAGUAGAGUAGAAUUGCUGUCCAAACCCGACGAAAAGAUAUGGACAUUUUUUGGUCAAGGCAUAAUUCCGAAACUGUAUGAUGGCAAAAGAAUUUCGUUUAUACAUUUCAACUCAGACGCAAGCUCUUUUGACAGUGAGAUCAUGUACAGGAAUAUUAUACUCACCGUAGACCUUCGUUUAAAGUACGAUUACAUAUUUGGCGAAAUUUGGAUUAUUGACCUAAAUAAUACAGGCCUUGGACAUUUGAUGCGUAUGAAUCCGAUGAUUGUUCAGAAAGCAGUGAAUAUGUACCAAGAAAGUAUGGGAAUAAGAGUAAAGCAAAUACAUUGUAUCAAUGCACCGAUAUUCGGACAUCACGUUGUUAAUUUCAUGAAGAAAUUUGUGAAAGCGAAAAUGAUUGAGCGGGUCAUAAUACACGACUCCAUUGAAAGCCUGCACAGGCAGGUGCCUAAAGAAUACCUACCAAAAGAGUAUGGUGGGGACCAACCAACUUUAAAGGAGUUUACUGAAAACUUAGAAAAAGAAAUAAGAAAUGAAAAAACGAAAGAGAUGCUCCUAGACUACUGCAAAAUUGUUUCUGAUGAGAGUAAAAGACUUCGCGAUAAAUAUGAUGAAGACUGCAUUGUGGGCUCCUUUAAAAAAUUAGAUUUUGAU